AAUUUAUAAACUUAUUUAUGACACGAGGGAAAAUGUCUCAAGCCAGACUUUUGCAUAACUGAACUUAGACAACAAAAUCCAACAUUUAAAAAUCUGUCAAAUAGUAACUGUCUGAGAUAACGAGAACAUACGAGAUAUUAACACACAAAAUGGCGAUCUGAUGUACGACAUUGGUUAUUGUUUACUAUGACUUUACAACUAGAAAUACAAUAACUAAUAUCUGAAUACUACUACUAAUCUGUUGAAUUUCGUUGUUUGCUUUCGCAUGAGUUCAAUUCAGAACACCGGUUCACUGGACGGACAAGAGUCCGCAAGGUAUUUUAAUUUUACAGUAAUUAUCCCAUUCAUAUUCAAUCGGAAUCAUAAUCAUACAGAUUAAAUGCCAAAUUACUAUUACAUAUAUGAUAUAUGACUACAUGUCCAUGUUCAAUCAAUUCAGUACUAAGAAUUGUACUCACUCAACUGAGUCAACUCACUGAAUUAUUGUGAGCAUUUUAUGUAUUGUGAAUAUACGGGUCUAGGGCUAGCACUUAACAUUUUUAUAGGCCUAAAUUUAUGAAAAACAAAUUAAAUAUGGUAAAUUUAGCCAAGGCCAAGAUGAGUAAUUUCAUAUAAAACGCUUACACAACGAUUCCUACAAAACUACAAUGUUCUACUGGUAGAAAAGUACAAUAUAUACCAAACUUUGGCUUAUUUUGGGUUAGCCGUAAGGCCUGUGAUUGUGAUAUGUUCCAUGGUCUAUAGGUUAUGGAGGUCCCCCCCCCACCACUGUCAACGUCUGUCUAUAGUAUAGCUACGUAUUGAGCUCCGUAUUCAUGAGCUCCGUAUUCAAAAGAUUUCGAUUUUAAUCUCUGUUGAUACUUUAAGCAAAUUUUUGUUUUCUCAUUUUCAAUUUUUAAAUUAUUUUUAUUUUAAAAAACUCAUUUAUUGUUUAAAUUAAUUGUUAUUCAACUAAUUUAGGAACCUUGGUGACAAGCGGGAUAACCUGAAAUCUAAAUCUUAAUUAGGUUGUCAAAAUGGUGACCUCCGUUUUUUUAGUAUAGUUUUACAAAAACUGAAAUCAUUUUUCAACUACCAAUAAUAAAAAGCCCAUCUGCAUUAAAGAAAGAUAAUUAUUGUUUAAUUAUUGUUAUAAAUAAAAGUAAAAGAUGUGCUGUAUAUGUAAUGAUAUGUUAAAUAAGGUUGAAGAAUAUAAUAGUUUUAAUCUUUUCAAGUUAAUAAAAAAAUUAAUGUACUCAUUUUAAUUACCGUACCCUCACCAAAAUUAUUUUAAAACUGUUAUUGCUACAAAUGUGGCAUCCAUUAUACAAUUUUUUUUUCUCUUAUCUGUGUCUGGGUAUUUGAUGAUGUUUUUAAAAGCUUUAGGGUAACUGGAAAAUACAUAAAAUAAAAUGAAAUCUGCACAUAACAUCAAAAUAAUAUUGUCAUUAACCUAUACAUUAAUUUUUAGUAAUUUAAUAUUAACAACUUUGAAAUGAGACUAUUUUAGAUAUCUGACAUCAUAGUAUAUGUUAAUUUGAAACUAGUUGUAAAUUUAAUUUUAGGACCAUGCGCAACUCAGCAGAGGCGUUAAAAAAUAAAUUUCAGGAACAACUGUUGAGGAGUACGUCUGUUUUUUUCUACAAGUAAAUGUCUAAAAUGCUUUGAAAAGUGCAAUAACACAAGUCUAAUUUAAAAUAACCAAAUCAAAAGGACAAGAGGAAAUAUUUUCAGUACAACAAUAUCUUUCUAGCUGGAAAAUUACUUAUUUGGUUUAACUUUGAGGGUUUGAGGUGGAAACGUUUGAUAGCUUUUUUAUUCUAAUAUAUUAGUUCCCUGAAAAUUAUACAGAUAUCACAUGGAGUUGCAGCUAUUUUCUUUCAACUGGGUAGAAUUAUUUGAUACAGGGUGGAAACAAAGAUAACCGAAUAAAUUACUAAUUUAAUUAAGAUUUAAAAAAUUGCUUUUAACUUAAAAUAUGUGUUCACUUCUUAGGAAAUUGCCAAAGCAUCUCUCACAAAAUUUUGUUCUGGAAUUUUCAUUUUUUUUUUUCUUUCUACAGUGACCUGACAGUUGAACACUCUCUGAGUGGUAAAGUGCCAAAAGUGUCUGAAUCUACAGAAAAUAUGUCGUAAGUAGAAAUCAAAGAAUUCUUUAAACCCUCUCUUAGUCUUUGUGACAGAAUUAAAAAAAUAACAACUUACAAACAAAAAUAUUGGAUAGCUCAUAAAAUUUCAUUCUGACAAUUGUUUCUAAUGUAUUUUGACAGCAAACGUGGUGCAGCCCAACAGGUGAUAUUUCAGUACUUCAACCAGCUCACAGAAGGCUGCGGCAAUGAAUCCUGCACUAAUGAAAAUUGUGCCUCUAGUAGGACAUUCCGGUUUAAAGAGAGUGAUAACAACACUUUGGCCCUAGAGGCAAUAACUCUGUCUAAGGCUAAAGCCACUUUAUGCGAAAGGCGUCCAAGAAAAAUUUCUCGUCUUCCUACAGAGCAAGAAAAUGGGACAUUGGACACUUCUGUUCUGGUUGCAUCCAAGGAAUUGGGUAUGAGAACUAAAAGCAAAAUGUUAUCACCAACUGCAUCAUCAUCAGUUGAUGUUGGGUCUUCACAAUCACCUCAUGGCAGCAACUCUGAAAGUAAGCCAAAGGAGAACAGCUAGCCAUUAACUUUCAAGUCAUUUUUUGAAAAAAAUUUUUGUUUAAUUUUCAUUUUUUUGUUGUAGUUAGCUUUAAGGGGGGUUGGUGUGUGGGGUGUUGUAGUUAGCUUUAAGGGGGGUUGGGGGAUGGGAUGUUGUUAGCUUUAAGGGGGGUUGGGGGAUGGGGUGUGGUAGUUAGCUUUAAGGGGGGUUGGGGUGUUGUAGUUAGCUUUAAGGGGGGUUGGGUGAUGGGGUGUGGUAGUUAGCUUUAAGGGGGGUUGGNCGCUCUUGCGAUCGUGGGGUGUUGAAGUUAGCUUUAAGAGGGGUUGGGGGAUGGUGUGUCGUAGUUAGCUUUAAGGGGGGUUGGGGGAUGGGGUGUGGUAGUUAGCUUUAACUCAGUCAAAGGGGAAAUAUUAGACAUUUCUAGGGGUAUGUCAAAAUUACUUUUUAGAAAUUUCUUUGGUGUGAAUAUUCAUGGGACCAAUGUCAUUUUAGAUUUAUCUGAUAUUAGGGAAUUUUUUUUAUUUUCGUCCAAACAUUUUUAGAUACAAUAUGGCAUACCAUUGACAAAAAAAUAAUUAAUUUGUGUUGUUUAUAAUACUUCAACAUUUUUAAUAUUGUAAUUUAAUAAAUUAUUCCCCCCCCCAGUUAAAGAACCCAACUACUUAACAGAAGAGAGACUAAGUGCUGUAAUUCAUGAUUGCCAAGCCAGUAACGAAUGGCUUAAGCUCAUCCACCUCAUUGGCUCUGUUUUCAACAAUCCUGAAUCUAUUAUUAUGAGUUUUCGGAAAAGCUACCCAGUUUCAAGCCCACCAAAAGUUAACUUGGUCUCACCUGAUGAUUCUAGUUCACCACCCAUCAGUCAGCCAGGGAUAGAGUCUCCAACGGUUCCUACAGUGAGUAGCAUAAAGGAUCCUGAUUUAACAGUUGACCUUCCAGCCUUAAGACGGGCUUUUAAGCUGUUGAUGGAUGUGCCAGAUCAGCCUUAUCAAGGUGCUCUGAUCAAUGCUCUGACAGCUCUUUCCCAGACACUGGAAUAUGAGACAAAGUACAAUAAAGUGUUAGAGAGACAAACAGAUUACAUUAAUGUUUUUAUUGUCGUCAUGGAGAUACCAAUGCUCCAUUUCCCAGAAUAUCUUGAAACUGCUUUUCCGGGAAUUAACAAAGUUAUAGGUUUGUUACCUGUAAGUGCUCAAGCUAGACUAGCCAGAAUAUGGUCGACUUUUGAUCAAAGUCGUCUCAAAGACAUGGUGCAAUCAUUACAACAAUUGAUUACAGUCAAGGUGAGAAAUAUAUUUUUUUCCCCUUCUAAUAUAGAAUUCUAAGUAUUGUCACUUUGGUCUGUUUCUGAUAGGUUUUAUUUAAAGAAAAGGGCAGAAUUUUUCAAUUUUAUUCAUGCAUUCUCAACUGCUCCACACAGCAGCAUAAGAUUUGAAAUGUUGUAUAAGCUCUUAGUAAGCUGCAUUUGAAAUCUAUUUUUAGAAGUCACUUAGCUGCUGUAUAAUUUUAAUACAACAGUUUUGUUCAAGCACUCUUCCCUUCUUCAAGUACAGAUUACUGUUGUUAUUAGACCAUGAUAUGUUAAUGGAAAAUAAAAUCAGGCUUAAUACCGGGGUGGCCAAAUCGUGGCCUGCUGGAUGUAUCACAAAUGUACUUACUUCUUCGUUGACGUAAGCAAUUAUUAUUUUUUUUAUUCUUGGCAUAAAUGCACUGUUAUGUACCAUUGUGGCUAAUUUAAUCUAUUUGCUCAUAGAAUAAACAAUAUGUAAAAAAGGACUGAGAAAAAACAGCCUGCAAAUAAAUGAUACCAAAGCUAGUGAUCCUAACAAUAUUUAAAUUUAAUUAGACUAUUAAAUUUCUAUACAAAGUCACGUUUGAUUACAGAAACAAAAAAACUAUUUAAACUAUUUUGAAAUUGUCAAGUACUAUUAUGACAGGAUAUUUUACUAUUUUGGGAGUUCCAUGGUAUCCGGGUCUGUUUACAAUGUUUUGUGUGUUCCUUUUGGACCAUUUGUUAGUUUUGAUUUGACACUUGGCACCCUAAGAUUUCAAACUUUGCCGCAAAUAUUGGUCAAAUUGGCAUCAACAAGCUGCAUUUUUAAAAUGUAAAAGUUCUCCUCCCAUAAAUCUAUAUUUACCAAUUAUUAUGCACUUAGUUUUAUAGCCUGUGUGUUGACCUAACUUUUGUUAAUUCAACCUUACGUCCCCUCUCUCCUAUUUAAAAAAAAAUGAUAUUUACGCCACCCAUUAAAUUAUCCGACCCUCCCUUGAUUGGAAAAAGUUUGUUAACGUUCAAAUUCGUUCUAAAGAAUGCUAUCGGCUGAUGCAAUUUCAGGAAUUUCUUCUGUGGAGGGCUCCAACUCCCUUCCUAUAAAUAAGUUGGCACCUUUCCUAACCAAAAAAGAGAUUUUUGCUAGAUUUCCUAGAAACGACUAUGAGUCAUAUUAUACUUAUAGGAGCCUAACAUGAUUUCACUUUUUAUGUGUGUGUGUACAUUAAUAUUUGUAUCUUUUGUGAAUUAUACUUUUUCACUUGCUGUGCUAUAAGUUAAUAUGGUUCUUAUUUCUGUAUAUUUGUUUUUGUAUUUUUAUUUAAAUUUAUUAGUAUAAUUAAAUUUAAUGUCGUUAAUAUCACUAGCUUUGGUAUCGGUUUUCUUUGUGCACUGGAUUUUAGUCCUUUGUUACAUUUUGUUCAACCAACUUCAAAUAGCUAAAUCUUAAAACAGAUUAAAUUUGCAAAAACAUGUAUCGGUAUGUAAAACUUAGGCAUUCACUCGACAUAUUUACAAAUGACUGCAUCUAUGUGUUAGAUGACAUAGCAUCUAAGUUCUACCAAGAUGCCGCCAGUACUCAUUUAUAUACUGAUAGAUGGCCUACCAAAUCAUUUAAAUGAGUCUCAGAUUUUUGUUAUCAUCAAAGUGAUUCAAUUAGAUUAUCCUCUUGUUAAAAUACGAUUGAUAAUUAAUUUCAACCCUUUCCAAUACUUGUUAAACAUCCCAGAUCUGUUUACUCAUACAAUCUUGGCGUACAGUGUACACUUUUGAAAUGUAUGCAUUAUAUAUACUGUAUGUUUAUUUUUUACUAUUGAGAUAAUGUAUUGAAUGAUUUUGUGAUGAUGUUGUACGAUUUUAAGAGUUUGAGGGUGAACACGUCUGGCAUCCUCACCUAUCAUUAGGUAGUAAAAUUAUAAAUAAAUACAAUCCUGUUAAAAUUUCAAAUCUUCUCCAGGUUAUAAACUAUGAAGGCAGAUGGUCAGCAAACUUCCGGCCAAGUGAUGACUCUGCCAUCACAAGUGCCACUCGUGUUCUCAAGAUAUUGUACUAUGCCAGCAUGCUUGGAGGACACAUGGACAGCACUGAGCUGGUGGAGGAGGAGAGACGUUUAAAUGACUCAGAAUCACUUCUAGAACUCAUGCAAGGCGCUUUUGGCUAUGAACCUAAAGAAUCAUCUCCUGUGAAGGAAGAUCCCCUUGGAAAAGAAGUGGGGGUUCAAGUCAUUAAUUGCAGGGAACCCCUUAUACCUUAUGAGGACUUUAUCAAUGAACCACUCAAUGACAACUUAGACAUAGGUGUGGACUACACCAACCACAGGCUAGAACCAGAGAACAAGUUUUCUUUUGUGCCCUACUGUUUCAUACUAACAACGGCGUCGAAGCACACCAGCAUGUACUAUGACAACCGCAUCCGCAUGCUGCAUGAACGGAGAACAGCAUUUGUACAAACGUUGGUGCACGGUGGACCCCCAAACCCAUUCCUCAGGGUUAGAGUCAGGAGGGACCACAUCAUUGAUGAUGCUCUUGUUAACGUAAGCAAGAUUUGGUUUACUUUCUGCUUUUCUUUCAAAUGAUUUUGUUCUGUCCUCAUUGAUCACUUGCUAAAGCUCAUUGUCAUGUACUAUUCUGAACAGUUGGAGAUGAUUGCUAUGGAGAACCCUAGCGACUUACGCAAACAACUGUUUGUUGAGUUUGAUGGAGAGCAAGGUCUUGAUGAAGGAGGUGUUUCCAAAGAGUUCUUUCAACUAAUAGUUGAGGAAUUGUUCAAUCCUGAUAUAGGUUUGUUCAAAUCAAUCAUAGAAAUAUACAUCUUUCACCAACAAUGAACUUAUAAGUGGUUGAGUGAAAUUUUUGUAAAAAUUUUGUCAACUUUGAAAUGUAUUAUAUCAGAGUAUGUUAUUAAUUACUUAAUGUCUAAACUUUCUUAAAAUAAAAUUUAAACAAUAAUUUUUUGGAAUACUACUUUCAAUUCAUUCAUUAUGCUGACAAUUUUAAAUUGUAUACCAUAAUUGUUUUUAUUUAUGUGUGUGUCAUUGAAGUGUUUGAACCAAUGUUAAUAUUGUUGUGCUAAUUUCUAUUAGGUAUGUUCACAUACAAUGAACAAUCUCAUCACUUUUGGUUCAAUUCUCUGUCGUUUGAAAAUGAUGCACAGUUUACAUUGAUUGGUAUACUUCUUGGAUUAGCCAUCUACAACAGCUGUAUUUUAGACAUACACUUUCCUAUGGUGGUCUAUCGGAAACUCAUGGGCAAAAAAGGAACGUUCAGAGACCUUUAUGAUGUGGAUCCGGUGGGUACAAACUAUUCAAUAUUAUUUUAUGUGCCAUAGUUAUGCUUUCCAAAGAUAAGGCUCAACUCUGAAAUUCUCUAAUUACUUAAUUUGUUUUUUACGGCACAGCAUCUUACAUCAAAGCUCAUUUCAGACCAUAUUGAAUGAGCCCAUGCAGAAAUAUUACUAAUUUUUGUCACUGGCCUUAUAUAGCAGGACAACAGGGUGUCUUUUGCUAAUUCUGAUAUUCAAAUGAUUGCAUUAUGAGCUUUUCUAAUUGAGCUCGCAUGUCUGAAAUAACUCUAUCAAGCUACAUUGAUUUUUGGAAUGAGCGUGUGCAUAGAAAUACCAAACACUUUAUUCUUUUAAAAAAUUGAUUUCAUACCCUCAGACUUUAAUGACAAGUUUAAAAUGACCAACUUUAUAGACUUUAAUGGCAAGUUUAAAAUGACCAACUUUAUAGACUUUAAUGGCAAGUUUAAAAUGACCAACUUUAUAGACUUUAAUGGCAAGUUUAAAAUGACCAACUUUAUAGACUUUAAUGACAAGUUUAAAAUGACCAACUUUAUAGACUUUAAUGGCAAGUUUAAAAUGACCAACUUUAUAGACUUUAAUGGCAAGUUUAAAAUGACCAACUUUAUACCCUCAGACUUUAUUUGCAAGUUUAAAGGAAAUGCUGGAGUAUAAGCUUGAGGAUUUUGAAGAGGUGUUUGAUCAGACUUUCCGGAUUGGGUAUAGUGAUGUGUUUGGUAACAAUCAUACAUAUGAUUUGAAAGAGAAUGGAGAGUCAACAAUGGUCUCUCAGGAAAAUAAACAGGUUAGCUAGUUAUUCUCAAGGCUUACUCUACAAACACAGUUAAGUAAUGCUAGUUAAAGUCCCUUUUUCAAACACAGCCAUAACAUUGGCACUUUCCCUCUCAAUCAAAGAUGUUUAGUUUUGAUAAAAAUCUGUCCUUGUUCAGGAAUUUGUUGACCUCUAUGCCGACUAUUUGCUGAACAAAUCCAUUGACCAGCAGUUUAGAGCCUUCAAACGUGGAUUUCUCAUGGUGACUUCAGAAUCCCCUCUUAAACAGUUGUUCCGUCCAGAAGAAAUUGAAAUGUUGGUUUGUGGGAGUCAGGUAAGUACUGGCUGAGAAUGUGGUAACUGUAAGUCUACGCAUAACUGUACAGAGUACUUUCUAUUUAACAAUUGAAAAGAUAUCUCAUCGUUGUCAACAUUUCUAAACAAAUUUUAGAUCUAAUGAAUUGUUAUCAUUCAAACUUAACUAAAAAAAAAAAGCAUAUAUAGAAAUUUGGGAUUACACAUUUAUACGUGUAUGUAUUGGAUUUGUGGCCACCUUUUUAUGUGUUAAAUAAAAAUUAUUCUAAAUGAAUGUUUUGAACUUAUUUCACCUACUUUAAAUUAAAAAAAAAACUGUUAAAAGAAUGUAGUCCAUACUUAUUUACUAUUUUUGGUCUCAAUUCAUUUCAGCUUUAAGAUAAUUGUUUGAUACACUGAUAGUUUGUGUCUUUUAAUCAAUCUAUUUAAAAUUUAUCACAGGGCAACUGUUUUAUCACUAUUGAAGCUCAUCUUAUCAUUGAAACUCAUCUUAUUAUUGAAACUCCUCUUAUCAUUAUUGAAACUCAUCUUAUCAUUAUUGGGUGCUGGGUGGCCGAGUGGUCUAAACUGAGCAAAUCUCAAGUUGGUGGUCUGGAGUUCAAUUCCAGCUAGAGCAAAAACACCACCAGCACCCCGGGUAGAUGGGACUCGUUAACCUUGGACGGCAACUCAUCUAAGAGAAGGAAACUCUGAAAUCAAACCCGGAGAUGGAGUCCCGAAAGGCGGAUAACAUUGAUACAAUGAAACAUUCCGACAACUCCUGCGACGUCACUGGUGCCAAGCUGUAUCAUCCAAUGAUGUUCCCUUGGGUUACCCAGCGGCGUGGAGAGAGGCGAUUUGCUGUUGGGAACCAGCUUAUAAUCCUUCAAGUAUAAUAAUCCCAGGCUAUGUGGAUUUCGUCCUACGAAGCCCACUCCAUCGUCACAUUGUGACGGACGGAUGCCAGCAAAAAAAAAAAAAAUCUUAUCAUUAUUGAAACUCGUUAUCAUUAUUGAAACUCAUCAUUAUUGAAACUCCUCUUUUCAUUAGUGAAACUCAUUUUAUCAUUUUUGAAACACCUCUUAUCAUUAUUGAAGCUCCUCUUAUCAUUAUUGAAACUCAUGUUACCAUUAUUGAAAUUCCUCAUUCUUUGGACUUCAGAUAUUUGAUUUCCAUGCAUUAGAAGAAGCUACAGAGUAUGAUGGCGGUUUUACAGAUGACUCUGCUACAAUUAGGUAUUACAUCCUGUUAAAACAGAUUACUACUUACACAGUGUAAAGUGUGCGAUAUUGCAGCAAUGUGAAAGUCAAAACUGCGGCUCAGUCAAUAUGUAAAAAAAAAUUUUUUUUUAAAGAAUGUUAUGUUGUAUGUAAUUUUUAAUUGGGAGACAUUAGAGUGAAUUUUUCUGUUGAAACAUUUUUAAUGUGUAUGCCGUCAUGCCGAGACGAAAUAACCAUAUGGCAUGACCUUUGGUCAGUUCUUAAAAAAUGUGAUUAUAAAAUUUUAACAUUGAACUAAGGCUCCUUACAGUAACUCACAUCCUUUGUCUUGACCGUAACUUACACCCCUUGUCUUGUCCGUAACUUACCCCCCUUGUCUUGACCGUAACUUAAACCCUUUGUCUCAACAGAAACUUUUGGACUGUGGUUCAUGCCAUGUCAGAAGAGGAUAAAAAAAAGCUGCUACAGUUUACCACAGGGACAGAUAGGGUACCCGUCGGAGGUCUUUCAAAGCUCAAGAUGAUCAUUGCCAGAAAUGGUCCUGACUCUGACAGGUAAUUCACCCAGUAACAUAGGUUUAUUAGUAUUAUUAUCGUGUACCACUGAAGGGAUGUCCAAUGGUUUUGGCAACUUUUAUUCAGUCCUUGUUGACUAAAGAUUCAAACCAAAAUUAAUUUCUCCUAAUGUAUGUGUGAUUUCUCAUGUGUACAUGUUAUGUCUCAUAUGAACAUGUUAUUUCUGAAAUGUACAUAUUAUUUCUGAUGUUUAUAUUAUUAUUUCUAAUGUUUAAAUAUUUUUCUGUGUACAUAUUAUUUCUAAUGUGUACAUAUUUUAUCUUAUGUGUACAUAUUAUUUCUAAUGUGUAAAUAUUUUUCUGUGUACAAAGUAUUUCUCAUAUGUACAUAUUAUUUCUGAUAUCAUUUCUCAUAUGUACAAACUAUUUGGCCUGUAGUUUUAAAAGGUCAGUGUAAGACUUGACUUUGCCCUGUAGUUUUCAAAGGUCAGUUAAGACUUGACCUUGCCCUGUAGUUUUCAAAGGUCAGUGUAAGACUUGACUUUGCCCUGUAGUUUUCAAAGGUCAGUGUAAGACUUGACUUUGCCUUUCACAAACAAUCCUUAAAAAAAAAAAGAUUCCAGAUAGGCUCAGUUUUAUUUGAUAGUUAAAAAAACAAUUUCAUUAUUGCCUAGAUGGGUUUUAAUUAGAAACAGACUUGGUGGGUGUAUGUAGGUCACACUUGUAUCGCCCAGAUGGGUCUUAAUUAAAAACAGACUUGGUGGAUGUAUGUAGGUCACACUUGUAUCGCCCAGAUGGGUCUUAAUUAGAAACAGACUUGGUGGAUGUAUGAAGGUCAUAUCUGUAUCUCCUACAUGGGUCUUAAUUAGAAACAGACUUAGUGGAUUAUGUAGGUCACACCUGUUACAGUGCUUUAAAUUUAUGCACUAACUUGAGAACCAGGAACAAAUUAAAUGAAAAAAAAAAAAAUGUCAUGCCUAAGUAUUUUAGUAAAAAAAAAACCAACCUUUUGAGGAUCUAUUACAUAACCUUUCCUCUUCAUAUUUAAGGUUUUUGUUGUUUUUAAAUACAUUGAUAUAAACAUAAGGUUCAGCUAAUGAAGGCAAAUUUGUAUUUAUUUACAGAAAAAAAAAAAUUAGUUUUAUAUUUCAUGAGGCUUCUAAGUUAUAAUAUUUAGAAAGAAUGAAUUGAUCAUUUUGCUACUCCGAUAGAAAGCUUGGAUUAAUAGUGAACAAUUUUGAAAUGAUGCAGUUAUUUUUAAACAAAAUUGCAAUGGUCACUAGUUGCCGAUUGAAUGCUAAAAUUGUUUUUUCAGACUGCCCACAUCCCACACUUGCUUCAACGUGCUACUGCUCCCAGAAUACCCCACUGUGGAGAAACUCCAGGACAGAUUGUUGAAAGCCAUUAACUACUCCAAAGGCUUUGGAAUGCUGUGAUCUUUGUGUUUGGAACCUUGAUUAUUUAAUUGAAACUUGUUUCUUGCUUGUAAUGUUAAUCUCCUCGUGUCUCAAAUUCACGAGUGUCCACAUUGCUCAUGUUAGUCAAAUCUGUUCAUUUUUUUUUGUGUGGAAGAGUUUGUUCCUCUCUUAUGCAUCUUUCAUUUUUCAAUUGUAUUUUAAUUUUUUUGAAGGGUUUUAACAUAAUUUUUUUCCCCUGCCUGCUUGCAGAUUAAGGGGGCAAAAAAAUGGAGGAAAAAAAUUCAGAAAUUACACUGGUGCAAAUGAUCUAGAGAGUCUACUGGAUUAGUCAUUGCCUGUACACAACUCUCUCUUAAAUGAGUUUUGCUGUUCUUUAUUAAUUAAUAUACACAGCAUGCUGAAAUAUAAACAAAUAAGAGAAAAAAUAGAAUCAGUUAAAAAAAAUUAACUCUUGAUUUCAGUCCUUGUUCCUUGGUUAAAAUUGUGAAAAUAAAUAAAAUAAAAUUAUAUAAAUGAUGGAAAAGAUGUGCCAUCUUUGUCACUAUAAAGUAUAUUUUUAAUGUACCGGUACUGUAUGUAACUUUUAAUAUUUUGAAGCUGUUUGGAAUGAGUCCAAAUUCUUUGAAACAAAUAAUAAAAACAAAGUGACGAUGUAGUCUGCUCAGUCGAAAGCUGCCAAACUGACGAUGUAGUCUACUCAGUGGAAAGCUGUCACCAAGCCAAAUACUAUUCAAUAAAUAUGUUUGAGUACUUAUGGUGUGGAUUUAUCAAAAUUAUGUGUCAUCAGUCUAACAGUUUCUACUGUCUAACAGUGUCUACAGUCUAACAGUGUCUACAGUCUAACAGUUUUUACUGUCUAACAGUGUCUACAGUCUAAUAGUGUCUACAGUCUAACAGUGUCUACUGUCUAAAAGUGUCUACUGUCUAACAGUGUCUACAGUCUAACAGUGUCUACUGUCUAACAGUGUCUACAGUCUAACAGUGUCUACAGUCUAACUGUCUACUGUCUAACAGUGUCUACAGUCUAAUAGUGUCUACAGUCUAAUAGUGUUUAACAGUGUCUACAGUCUUUUAACAGUGUCCUUUCUUUUCAGGAAAAUUAGGGAAGGGAAGUAAGCAAAAUUGUCUGACUGAAGUUGUUGCUGGACCUUAUCAGUAAUAUCAGUAGCUUUCAGACUUUAAACCUGCACACAGAAAGUCUGAGAAAGUGACUUAGUUUAAAACUAUCAUUUUAAAGUUUUCUUACCCUGGCAAAAGCAAACCACUACUAAUUUGCCAAAAGUUGGAAUUUAAAAAAAAAUUAAAUUAAAAGAUAAGACAUAUCUAUGGAAAUGGAAGCUCAUCAGUUGUAGGUUAGCCCAUCAGUUGUAGGUAGCUUAUCAGUUGUAGGUAGCUCAUCAGUUGUAGGUAGCCUAUCAGUUGUAGGUAGCUUAUCAGUUGAAGGUAAAAAUGUUGCUUUUUAAAUCCAAUUCCUUUGUUUCAGAAAUACCGAGCUGUUUGCAAUAGUUAUUUUAUAUCUUUAAGUUAAAAAAAAAAAGUAAACAUUUUUGCUGAUUUUUUUCUCUCUAGAAGAUAACCUACUGCCUGCAUUACCCCCUAACCCUGUGAAACAAUGGAAUAGUAUCUAAACUAGUGUCCCGAGCUUGACCUGGCUGGGACUUGAGUUGCAAUCUGGUCCUAUGUUGUAGAUAUGCUGAAUGCCACGGCCCAACCCAGGGAACUUCUUGCCAAAGUACAAGAUAGGGUCGUGAAGAAAGAUUAAGCCUAGCCUGCAGCUUGUGCACCUCCCCCACCCCUGUGUGGAUUAGAAUAACCUUAAUUUUUUUGUCAAGAGCUACUCAUUCAAUACUAAAGUACAGAUGUGAAACCACUGUGUGGCAACUAGUCCUCUAUCACAGAAAAUAUGCUCUUAGAGUACUACUUCCUUGUUACCACUAUUACUUACUAAUGACCCAGUAUCCCACAAGGUGUUUGAUUUACUUGAAGGUUCAAAUACUGUGGUGAGAGAUUGACUACCGGCACCUUAAACUGAUGUUAAUGAGAGAAAUGUCAAGGCUGAUGAAGUGCAAAGGUGAAUUUUUUUUCUUUCCUAUCCAGAGAAGCAAAAUGAAAACUUGAAUUAUUUGAUGUUACGGAUGCUACGGAUGUUACAGAUGCUACGACACUUAGAGCACUGGUUUUCAUAAACCGAGGCAGAAUGGCAUACAUCCAUGAUGCAGUACCCGUAGAUGAAACAAGUUAAGCAAAUUGAAGUAUGCUAACAUGUUCUUACUCUCCAAACCAAAGCGUGCUGUCAUAGAAUUCUGCCAUCUUUAGAUUAAACUUCAGCUGCUGGUUUCAGUGCAUAGAGCCCACCAAAUAUGUCACAACAGAUUGUGGAAGAGGUCACCAUCUAUUUCAUGAUUAGCUAAGCCCAUAGAGCCCACAAAAUAUGUCACAAUAGAUUGUGGAAGAUGUCACCAUCUAUUUCAUGAUUAGCUAAGCCCCUAGAGCCCACAAAAUAUGUCACAAUAGAUUGUGGAAGAUGUCACCAUCUAUAUCAUGAUUAGCUAAGCCCAUAGAGCCCACAAAAUAUGUCACAAUAGAUUGUGGAAGAUGUCACCAUCUAUUUCAUGAUUAGCUAAGCCCAUAGAGCCCACAAAAUAUGUCACAACAGAUUGUGGAAGAUGUCACAAUAGAUUGUGGAAGAUGUCACAAUAGAUUGUGGAAGAUGUCACAAUAGAUUGUGGAAGAUGUCACCAUCUAUUUCAUGAUUAGCUAAGCCCAUAGAGC